AGAUCCUACAAUGAAUUUCACUCAAGAAGUUGAAGAAUGCGGGUUUUUCGAAGGUUACACACUCCAGCGUUUCCUCAUUAUCACAGCCUUCUCGAUGGUCUCCCUCUUUGGAAUAUUGGCCAACUCCCUGUUGAUGGCAGUGUUUUGGAAGACUCUGCCGGUCUCAGUCUAUCUAGCCUGUCUUGCUUCAAUGGAUAUGCUUAUAUGCCUCACGUAUUUGUUAUUAUUCGGUGUCGACGCCGGAUUCGUUUACCUCAAGGAUAAGACGUUAUUUUUCUUAUAUCACCGCUACAUUGUCCCGACUUUCUUCAUAGCAAAAACUGUCCAGUUUGCAAUACCGUUCUUGCUCAUUCUCAUCACACUUGAGAGAUAUGUUUGGACUACCAAAGAGAAAACGAGGCAACUUUUUGCUCCGAUGUUCAGUGACAAAGGCAGAUGUGUCACAGUACUCAUACUUGUUGCACUAAGCAUACUGCUAAGAUUGCCAGUACUAUUCGCUACUGAGGUGCGACAGUUCCCUUGUAGUGAUUAUUUCCGCAGCGAAUCCGUAUCGCCUUCUGAAUGGGCAUCCAAUAGCCGUGCCUACUAUGUCUUCGAUUUCCAUGUGAUCACCGCUGUGCAAACGUGUUUUCCAUUCUUCAUGCUCCUCAUACUAAACAUGGUUAUAGUCCGUCGCUUGCUUGCUGAGAAAAAAGAACAGGCUUAUGCUGGCAAGCCACGCAUUGACUUCAUAGCUCACAAAAAUGCCUCCGACACAAAUAUUACGCUAACGGAAAAUUUCGUCAUACUAGAAAUCGCCAGUGAGAUCAUGAGGGAAUCGCUCCUGAAGAGAUCAAGCAGAGGGAAAGGAUCGCAGCUAAGGAACGCCAUUUACACCAUGCUGGCCAUAGUCAUGUCUUACCUGGUGUGUAAUGGAGUCCAUCUCUUCCUUACUUUCCUGGAGAGAACGGAUGCUUCAUUACUGUAUGAUUCUGACGAUCCAAAUCAGUCCAGUAAUUUCUACAUCGCUUUGUCCGACACCGUCAGCAUUUGCUACAUGGUUUCGUCUGCGAUUCGUAUUCUCAUCUAUGGGAAAUGCAAUCCAAAACUGAGACGUGAAAUUCGUGAAUACCUACGAGAUAGGAAGAAAAUGUCUCUCAUUGACGACUCAUAAUCUACUCUUUCUUGUUUGCUUAUUGUAUGUAUAUUUUUCUAGGCUGAACUGAAACAAUAAAGAUAAAGU